AUGCCUUCUAUAUCUGCGUUUGUAUGGGCAUCGCUUCCGGUACUCCUGGCUGCCCUGAUCUAUCAAGUGGGGAUACCGGCUGUCCUUACUGAUAAUGUACCUUGGAAGCUGUUUCCGAACUUGUUCCUGACUACACACUGCUACAAGUCAGUGAAGACGUUAUCAGAGAGGCUUCCCACCGCCCAUUGCUUCACUGCCAAUGACGGAAUAUUUUCAAGUGUCUUCGUGGAUGAGACGUCAGACGAUGAAGUCAGGGAAGCCCGUACCGGUUAUGUAUAUCCCGGCUUUUGGGACGGCCAUGGACACUUGAUACAGUUUGGAGAAUCUUUGGACUCUGUUGAUAUCUUUGGGGCAAACUCAAUGGACGAGGUAAAGAGAAGAUUGGUUGAGUAUAAAAAGAAACGGCCUGAGAGGGGAACGAGCGAUCAGUGGCUGAGGGGUGUAGGCUGGGACCAAGCGCACUUUAACGGGAAAUGGCCUACCUCGUCAGACUUGGAAAUUUCUAAAGACUUCAAGGAUCUGUAUGUAAUGCUCGACCGCGUCGACGUACAUUGCAUCUGGGUCUCCGAAAAGGUCCUCAGUCUUCUUCCUUCAUUGCUGCCCGAUGUUCCUGGAGGCGAGAUACCUGCAAAAGGUAUCUUCUGCGACAAUGCCAUGGAUAUCGUCAUGGAGCUCUAUCCCAAGCCGAACAGUGCCCGCAAGACAGCAUUCAUCAAAGCUGGCAUGACCGAGCUCAACAAAUAUGGUAUUGUAGGCAUGCACGACGCCGGAGUCACUCCAGGAGAUUUGAAACUAUACAAGGAGCUCGCCAGCGACGACGACUGGACUGUCAGAGUUAAUGCUAUGAUUGAGUGUGACGUCAGAAACACCUUCUGCCCAGAGGCAGUUGAGAAGAUUUCCACUGCCAACGGGAAGUUUCAGGUCAAAAGCGUGAAGCUCUUCGGAGAUGGAGCCCUUGGCAGUUGGGGUAGUGCGAUGAUCGAACCAUAUAGCGACAAACCCUUAUCCUCUGGCUCCCUACUUGUUAACGCAACUAUGCUGUCGCAGGUGACUCACGAUUGGGCGCAACUGGGCUACCAAGUAAACAUUCACGCCAUCGGCGAUCUUGCGAACAGACUGGCCAUUGAUGCAUUCGAGAAUGCAUUGAAGAGUUUAUGCCCUGAUAUCACACCACGCGAGUGUCAGGCCAAAUACCGCUUCCGUAUUGAACAUUCACAGAUAAUUCAUCCCGACGACCAGGUUAGAAUGUUCGAGCUUGGCAUUAUACCAUCAAUACAGCCUACGCACGCGACCUCCGACAUGGGAUAUGCAGAGAGCAGACUCGGCCCAGAACGAACAAAGCACGAAGCGUACCGAAUGCGGUCCUUGCUCCCACUCCAUCCAGUGCUCGGCAGCGACUUCCCAGUCGAGCCAGCCAGCAUCUUCGAAGGCAUGUACGCAGCCAUCACGCGACGAAGUCCACACACCGGCUUAGAUCCCAAUGGUGGAAAAACUGGCUGGUACCCAGAAGAGACACUUACUUUCUCACAAGCUCUGGAAGGUUUCACGGUAAACCCUGCAUACGGGGCUUUUCUGGAAGACCAGGCCGGUGUCAUAGAAGUGGGUACAUACGCAGAUUGGGUCGUUGUCGACGAAGAACUGGAGUUGUUGGAUGUAGAGGCUUUGCGCAAGGUCACUGUGAGAGAGACAUGGGUGGGCGGUAAGAUGGUAUAUCAGAGGCCCACAUAA